AAAUGAAGGUGAAGAUGAUUUUAAGGAGAGUUCACUCAGUUCAGAGCUGAAUGAGACAACGAAAAUGAACGAAAUGUUUUGCAGGAUAAUCAACAAGGGUGAUGUAAACGUAAAGAGCCAACAACGCUCAGAAACGGAUCUUACUAAUGAGCAAAAAAUGAAAAUACUAAAAGAUAUUUUUGAACAAAAUCCGCGUACAUUUCUCGCACGAUUUGGAAAGUGGAUUUCACUCGAAGAUCUUCGUUGCUUCUGCGCUGCUUCUGGCAGUGAAAUGGAAUAUGCUGUGAGAAUUUUAGAGAGAAGUUUAAAAACAAAAGCCUCAGGUGUCUGUGUCAAAAAUAGACGAUAUGAAGCCUUGCAAAGAUUGGAAAGGGAUGGCAGUUAUUUUAGUGAAAUUGAAAUGCAGCAAAGAUGUCCACUCCUGUAUGAACAAUACAUUGGACAGUACUUGACAGAUGAAGAAAAACUUGAACUGGAUGAGAAACAGAUGAAUGAUGAAGUGAAAAUGUCAUCAUUUAUAUUUCAACAGAUUGAUCGUGAUUGGUUGAGGGAGAAGGAGAUGGAAGAACGAGAGAUGGAGGAAUGCGUGGAGGAGGAGGAAGAAGAUGAUGAUGAUGAGGAUUGUGAGAGGAUAGAUAGGCCGAAUAAGGAGGGACAAGUUAUGGAUAGUAUGGGACAGAGUGGAGAUAAAAAUGGACAAGAAAUGACAGACGUAAGUCAAGAAGAUAAAAUUAAACUUAGAGAGGAAUUUGUAAACAUCAUGCGGCAGCGUUUCUUGGAAGGUGACGAUGAGGAAUUUGAUUAUGCAACUGUGGACACAAAUGAUGAAUAUGAUAAUCUUGAAAUAUUAGGUCAGGAUGAGCAGGAUAAGUAUUUUGACGAGGAAAAACCAGAGAUGAUCAGUAACAAUGUGGUUUGUGAAGAAGAAAAAAUGUUGACUGAUAGCGAAGAGGAGGAUUACUUAAGUGACAAAAUUUUAGAAAAAUGCUGUGCCUCAGGAAGAAGGUGACAAAUCCCUAUCAUUAGGAUGAAAAAACAUAAAAGUUUUCAAUCCACUCAUUAGUAGAAUAUGAUA